AUGGGGGAAAAGGUUUAUGGGCACAUGUCCCCUGUGCUUCUUGUGUUCCGUGAUUGCGAAUCUCUUCUUCGGGGUGAAUCUCUACGUGGGUCGCCGUGGCGUGUGGGGUGGAAGUGGCGCGGCGAUGAGGUGAGCAUCCAAGGCCUGAGUUGGAGCGGGAGGGCAGCGGCGGAGGCCGAGUUGGCGGCGGCGCGGGAGUGCUCGGGCCACGGGAGGGCGUACCUCGACGGGGUGGUGGUCGACGGGAGGCCGGCCUGUGAGUGCAACACUUGCUACGGCGGUCCAGAGUGCUCCCUCUUCUUGCCCUCUUGCUCUGCCGAUGCCGACGACGGAGAUCCAUUGUUCUUGGAGCCAUUCUGGAAGCAGCAUGCAGAGAGCAGUGCAGUAGUGGUGGCGGGGUGGCACAGAAUGAGCUACUCCUUCAGUGACCAGACCACCUUGUCCAAAGAGCUUGAGUCUCUCCUCAGGAAGCUGCACUCCCUGGUUGGGAAUGCCAUCACAGACGGCAAAUACAUUUUGUUUGGUGUUGGCUCUACCCAACUCAGUGCUGCUGUCCAUGCUCUCUCUCCUCUCAACUCUUCACUUCCUGCUUCAGUUGUGGCCUCAAUCCCCUAUUAUGCGCUUUAUCAAAUGCAAACAGAGCUCUUCGACUCAGCAGACUGCAGCUUUCAGGGAGACCCGGUGCGUUGGAAGAACGUGACCAACACAACUGGAGACAUCAUCGAGUUCGUGACAGCACCGAACAAUCCCGAUGGACAGUUGAAUGAGGCCAUUCUCCAUGGCCCUAAUGUUAAAACUAUUCACGACCGCGCUUAUUACUGGCCACAUUUCACCGGAAUUCCUUCCCCAGCGGACGAGGACCUCACUAUCUUCACUAUCUCUAAGCUCACUGGUCAUGCCGGUAGCAGAUUCAAAGCUUAUGCACGGGUGAAAUGUGAGAGGGAGGAAGACAGGAACUGCAUUGAGAUCCUAAAUGCAGCCAAAAUUCUCGGCAGAGGAGGGAGCAUCUUCCAUGAUGACAAUAGAUACACAAGGCUCAGCCUCAUUAGGAGCGACGACAAUUUUGACAUGUUGAUAAGCCGUUUAGAGAGCCUAGUCUCCGGGGAAGAUGGAGCCAAAAUCAUGUGA